AUGCCGGACAAAGACGCAGCGACUCCCAGAGUCUUCAUCCUUCGCCAUGGCGAGACUGAGUGGAGCAAGUCCGGGCAGUACACCGGGAAAACUGACAUUGCUCUUACACCGCACGGCGAGGAACAAGUAAAGGGGACCGGGCAAAUGGUAUACGGUAGUGGCAAGCUCAUCGAUCCAUCAAAAGUGGCGAAAGUUUAUCUCUCCCCCCGCAAGCGAGCCAUCAAGACGUACGAAUUGCUCUCUGGCAAGACGGACGGGUACGAAAUCACAGAAAGCCUCGCGGAGUGGGACUAUGGCGAGUACGAAGGUAUCAAGACAGAUGAAAUUCGAGCGAAGCGAAAGUCGCAUGGUCUCGACAGUGACAAGCCAUGGGACAUCUGGCGAGAUGGUUGUGAAGGGGGAGAAAAAAGAUCUCCCCAGCAAGUCACGGAUCGUAWCGACAACCUCAUUGCUGAGAUUCGAGACUUCCAAAAGCUCCACAUGAAAGACAGUGAGCCCAAAGACGUGAUUUUGGUCGCUCAUGGCCACUUGACUAGAGCUUUUGCGAAACGCUGGUUGGGGUAUGAGAUGUCAUUUCCCCUGAGUCUGAUGAUGGAGCCAGGAGGGGUCGGAGUGUUGAGCUACCAGCAUCAUAAUAUUGAUGAGCCGGCUCUGUUGCUUGGCAUUGGCUUUCCGCUUCAGCAGUGA